CCCGCACAGGAACUGGAUCAGGUGAGCAAGAUGAGUGUGGACGUGCUGUGGCUGGCUGCGCUGGCUCUGUCUCUUCCUGCACUCUCUCAGAGUGAUCCACUGUUUGUUUUGACCGCGCCAAACCUGCUGCGGGUGGGCAGCAAGGAGAAUGUCUUUGUGGAGGCGCAGGAGUAUGCAGGAGGUGACCUCAAUGUGGAAAUUAUGGUGAAGAACUUUCCAGACAAAACCCGGGAGAUCUUCUCCAAGACUGUGAGGCUGACUGCAGCCAACAACUUCCAGGCUCUGCAGGAAAUUGAGAUCCCUGCUGAUUAUCUUCCUCUUCAGAAAGAGACACAUCUCAAACAGUACGUCUAUCUGCAAGCAAAGUUUCUCGGCGAUCCGCUGGAGAAAAUCGUUCUUCUCUCUUUCCAGUCCGGGUACAUAUUUAUCCAGACGGAUAAGACCAUCUAUACUCCAGCGAGUACUGUUCGUUACAGGGUCUUUACCUUGAACCCUGGUCUGGAGCCAGUCACAUCUGGGGUAUCUGUGGAAAUCAUGACUCCUGAAGGAAUCACAGUUCAGAAAGACAUUGUGUAUCCAGAACGUGGUAUCAAAUCUGGACAGUACCAUCUAUCGGAGGUUGUUAGUUUUGGGACCUGGAAGGUGGUAUCCAGAUUCCAGCACAGCCCAGAGAAGAAUUUUACAGCUAACUUUGAGGUCAAAGAAUACGUGCUGCCCAGUUUUGAGGUCACGCUAACACCAGAACAGGAUUUUUUCUACACUACCGAUACUCAGCUGUCUGUUGACAUAAGUGCCAGGUACCUCUAUGGGAUGGAUGUGACAGGGAAGGCGUUUGUGGUGUUCGGAGUCCUGACCGAAGAAGGAGAGAAGAAUCGUUUCCCUGCCUCAGUACAGAAUGUGAAUGUCAUCUCAGGAAAGGGCAAGGCCACACUGAGAAGAGAGCAUAUUCUGAAAUCCUUCCCAGACAUCAACCAGCUCCUUCACUUGUCUUUAUAUGUGUCUGUGAGCAUGCUAACAAGCAGUGGCAGUGAAAUGGUGGAGGCAGAGAAGAGGGGAAUCCUGAUAGUGACCUCACCCUACAGCAUCCACUUCCACAAGACUCCCACCUACUUUAAACCAGGGAUGCCGUUUGAUGUUGUGGUUUAUGUCACAAAGCCAAAUGGCAGCCCUGCCAAUGGCAUUGAUGUGGAGGUGACACCAGGGCCAGUUGUGGGCAGGACCCAGCAAAACGGGGUUGCCAAGUUAACCAUCAACACCCAGGAGGAGGCUACCAGUCUUCCAAUCACUGUGAGGACGAAGGUCUCUGGCAUGCCUCAGGAACGGCAGGCUGAGAAGGACAUGACAGCCCUACCAUACAAGACACAGGGCGGCUCCAAGAACUACCUGUACAUCAGCGUCCCUGCAACUGAGCUGGAGACCGGAGACAACCUACGCAUCGGUCUCAAUCUGAGGAACAGCCCUGGUGAUCAGGAUAAGAUCCAGCAUUUCACAUACCUGAUAAUGAACAAAGGGAAACUUGUCCAUGUAGCAAGGCAUGAAAGGCUGAAAGGACAGUCAUCAGUGACCUUAUCCCUUCCAGUAACCAAGGACAUGAUCCCCUCCUUCCGCUUAGUGGCAUACUACCAUGUGGGAACAGAGGUGGUGUCAGACUCUCUCUGGGUGGAUGUGAAGGACAACUGCUUGGGAACACUCACCGUUUCCCCCACUAGACCAAAGGAUGUUUAUGAGCCUCGCAAGCCCUUCGGCUUGACCAUCACCGGUGACCCAGGUGCAAAAGUGGGACUCGUGGCUGUGGACAAAGGAGUUUACGUCCUCAACAGUCAGUACAGAUUGACACAAACAAAGAUCUGGGACGUCAUUGAAAAGCACGACAUUGGCUGUACGGCUGGGAGUGGCGCAGACAGCAUGGCAGUCUUCUCUGACGCUGGACUGGUAUUUGAAUCCAGUCUGGGUGGAACCAAAUCCAGAACAGACCCCCAAUGCCCUGCUCGCCCUAAGGCUCGCAGACGGCGCUCACUCUCACUGAUCGACCUGAAAACGUCACUAGCGAGUAAUUACUCUGGGCUGGCAAAACAGUGCUGUAAGGAUGGAAUGGUGGAGAGUCUGAUGGACUACACAUGUGAGCGGCGUUCCCAGUUCAUCAUCGAUGGAGAAGAGUGCGUGAAAGCCUUCCUCCACUGCUGUACAGAGGUGGAGAAGGGACACGUGGUGCCAAGAACACGGCAGAUGCUCCUGGCACGCAGUGAUGAUGACGAUUACUAUAUCAGCAGUGAAGACAUUAUGUCCCGCACGCAGUUCCCUGAGAGCUGGCUAUGGGUGGAGGAGACACUGCCACAGUGCCCCCCAGACAGGAGAGGAUGUGUGUCCACAUCAAUAACUAAAGACAGUUUCCUGAAGGACUCCCUGACCACCUGGGAAAUCACUGCUGUCAGCCUGUCCAAAACUCAUGGAAUCUGCGUGGCAGAUCCCCUUCAGAUAAAGGUGAUGAAAGACUUCUUCAUCGACCUGAAGCUGCCGUACGCUGCAGUACGGAACGAGCAGUUGGAAGUCAAAGCUGUGCUAUACAAUUACCUUGAAGAGGAAAUAAAGGUUCGGGUGGAGCUGAUGGAGACAGAGGAGGUGUGCAGUGCAGCCAGCAAGAGAGGGAAAUAUCGCAUGGAUGACGUGUUCAUUGAUCCCAUGUCUUCGCAAGUCAUCCCAUUCGUCAUCAUCCCUAUGGCCCUGGGACAGCACUCCAUUGAGGUCAAAGCUUCCGUCUAUGACUCCAGUCUCACCGAUGGUGUCAAGAAGGACCUGCAAGUGGUGGCUGAAGGAUUGAAAACCAUAAAGGAUGGCGUAACGCUGGUUCUGAAGCCGUCUGACCAUGGUGGCAUCCAAGCACGGAAGAUGAACCGCGUGAAGCUGUCCUCCCAGGUGCCGGGCUCACCUUCACAGACUUACAUCAGCGUGACAGCUGACGUGCUGAGUCAGAACAUUCAAGCUGCCAUCAGUGGCACCCUCAUAGGCAGCCUCAUAACCAAGCCCUAUGGAUAUGGUGAGACGAACAUGAUCACCAUGACCAAACCUGUUGUCGCCACACACUACCUGGAUAGAACCGGCCAAUGGGAAAAAGUGGGGGUAGACCGCCGUGAAGAAGCCAUCAAAUUCAUCAAAAUGGGAUACACACAACAGCUGGCAUAUCGCAAAAAGGAUGGUUCUUACAGCAUUUGGACCCACACAAAGCCCAGCACCUGGUUGACAGCAUAUGUAGCCAAAGUGUUCAGCAUGGCAUACAGUCUCAUCAGCAUCCAGGAGGAUGUGAUCUGUAGCGCCCUCAAGUGGCUGGUCCUGAAUGCACAGCAGCCAGAUGGCGUUUUCAAAGAAGAUGCUCCAGUUAUCCACGGAGAAAUGGUGGGUGGUGUGCGUGGGAAAAACGCUGACGCAUCGCUGACUGCGUUCGUCCUGAUUGCCAUGCAGGAGGGACGUGCCAUCUGUGAGGAGAGAGUAAAUAGGCUGCCUGACAGCAUGAAGAAAGCCAGAGAGUUCCUGUCACACAGGAUCCACACCCUGACCAAUCCCUACGCCGUGGCAAUAAGCUCCUACGCUCUGGCCCUCGGGGGAAAGCACCAGCUGCAUGUCCUGUUCCGCUUCGCAUCCGAUGACAGAACACAUUGGCCGGUCCCUGGAGGUCACCGUUUCACCCUGGAGGCCACAGGUUAUGCGCUGAUGGCCCUGCUGAAGGCCAAGGAGUUUGACCAGGCUGGUCCUGUGGUAAAAUGGUUGACUGAGCAGAGGUUCCACAGCACGCAAUACUGGUCCACCCAGUCCACCAUCACAGUGUUCCAGGCUGUGGCUCAGUACACGAUGGAGGUGCCUGACCAUAAGGAUGUUGACCUGCAAGUCAACAUUGACGUCAGCGGCCGUUCCAAACCCAUCAAGUGGAGCUUCAACAAUGACAAUGCUUACGUCACUCGCUCUGACAAGAUUCGGAUUGACCAAGACCUAACUGUCACUGCCAAAGGAACAGGACAGGGGAGCAUGUUAGUGAUGACCUUAUACCACGCUUUGCCAGAGGAAAAGGACACAGACUGCAAGAACUUUGACCUGCAGGUUAAGAUAGAGAAACAGCCAGAAGUUAGUGAUGAGAAAGCAGUGGAAACGUACAAGCUGACAAUAGAGAUGAGGUACCUGUCCCCAGACAGAGAUGCCACCAUGUCUGUCCUGGAUAUUACUAUGCUCACAGGAUUCGUUGCAGACAAGAAUGACCUUGCAAAGUUAACCUCUGGAAGAGACCAGUACGUCAAGCAGAUUGAGACGGACAAAAAACUUUCGGAAAAGGGCUCCCUCCUUUUCUACCUGAAUAAGGUCUCUCACAAGCUGUCUGACAAAGUGGUCUUCAGGAUACACCAGAUGACCAGAGUGGGUCUGCUUCAACCAGCUGCUGUCACCCUGUACGAGUACUAUGCUAUGGAAAACCGCUGCAUGAAGUUUUACCACCCGCAGAAGAAAGGUGGAGCCCUGAACAGGAUCUGCCAUGAGGAGGUGUGCCGGUGUGCGGAAGAGAACUGCAGUUACCAGAAGAAACAGAGAUCCAAAGAUUUAGACCGUAUCAAUUCAGCCUGUGGGAUCGGAAUGGACUACGUUUACAAAGCCAAAGUGCUCCAUGCUGAUCUGACUCCAGCAUUAGACCGCUUCACAAUUCUGGUGGAUGACGUCAUCAAAGAAGGCACUGACACCGGUGUGGGUGGGAAAGAGCGCAUAUUUAUGGCCCAUCCCUACUGCAGAGAGGCAAUAGAUCUGAGAGAAGGAAGUACCUACCUGAUCAUGGGAAAAUCUGAAGACCUCGUCGAAGGAAAGGACAGACUGAUGUACAUGUUGGGUGGAGGCACCUGGAUUGAGUACUGGCCCACAGAGGCAGAGUGCAAGGAACCUACAUACAAAAACAUCUGCAAUGACAUCAUUUCUGCUGCUGAAGAGCUGCAAACGUCUGGAUGUAUCAUCUAAACUUGUGUCAAGAUGCUUGAAUAUUUUACAUUUUACCAAGAAAGCAAUGCAUGUGCCUUACAUGUGUAUUGCAUUUGUAUUGUAUGUGUAUUACUUUUAUUUUUGUAAUUGAAUGUAUGGUAUAAGACAAUGGAUAUAAUCAAUACAGUUAUUCCUGCUCUGUGCCAUUUUAUUUCAUCACUAGAACUGUAUUAUUCUGUUUUCCCAUUGUCGAUCACACAUGUUGUUUGCAUGAUGUUUGUGUAUGCUGAAAAACCACGGAAAAAGAUGUCCUCGUCGCCCUGUGCACUUCCUCUAGACUUUCCUGUCCGUUAUUUUUAACAGCUCUGCUGAAGCAAUAAGAAGUGGAAUGUCAGCUUGCAUGUUUUCACAUUUGUGCAGAAAUGACAUGAUUUUCUGGCUGCAGUAUGCCCAAAGCCGAAAGGUUUGAGCGAAUUUUCUUAAAUAUUUUUUUCCUCUUACUAAUAUAAAGAGAAAUUCACUAAUUAUAUAUGAGAGUGACUGUUUCAUUGAUGUGCUUUUACAAUCCUCUCUUGCUCAAGAUAUUUUAGAGUUAGAACUGGACACUAGCGGGGCAUCAAUGGGUGCCGCGCAAGCCCCACAGCUAGCAAAAAUAAGUUCUGGAGUCAGCAGCGUUGAUAGCUUAUACUAUGAUCAGUUUUAAAAAUAUGUUCAACGAAUGCGUUAAUCACAGUUUCUGGUGUAUUUUGAUUGGUGAUUAAAAGAUUUUAAUCAAUAGUCCCCUCUAAAACACACACUAUGCUCUGUACCUGUAAACAAUCAAUGAAAGCUCGAGUUCAGCAACGUUCUAGAGUGUAACCAUGGGAACGGCAAAUGCGUUCUUCAAGCACCAAUAAGAACGCGAUUGACACACGUCACAUAAUUUGAAAUCUCAGUGCUCAUAGAUAUGAAUGAAUGAAUGAAACUGACAAGAGAGCAUAUAUACAAUAGAUCAUGGAUCAUAUAUUUCCAAAUAUUUCCAGAAACUCAACAAAAGACCCAGCGCUGGUAGAUUCAAGAUUCAAGAACUUUAUUGUCAUUGUGCAAGCACAACGAAAUUGCAACAGUGUCAACCUCAAACGGUGCAUUUAUAUUUAAGUCCUCACACAUAUUUACAAAAAAAAAAAAGCAAUAUAAAAUAUCAUCAAUAGAAAAAAGUACAGAAUCUAAACAACAUAACGUAUAAAAUGCAAUUAACGAUAAAAUACAACUAACGA